GAGUUACAAGAUGCUUAUGUGCAGCAGGAACGUCUACAGCAGGAAGUAGAAAGGGAGAAAGAUGCUCGGUUAGAUAUGGAAAGGACAACGCAUGUGCGUUCUAUGGCUAUAUCUGAGCAAGCUCCAAUGGCAAGGCACAAUUCUGCUUCGGAGAAUGGAAGCUUGUCCCGGAAACUCUCUACUGCUAGCAGCCUAGGAAGUAUGGAGGAAAGCUAUUAUCUGCAGGCAUCUUUGGACUCAUCUGAUGGUUUCUCUGAAAAGAGAAAUAUUGGAGAGGCAACAUUAAGUCCGCUCUACAUGAAGAGCAUGACACCCAGUGCGUUUGAAUCUGCCCUUCGUCAGAAGGAGGGUGAACUUGCAUCCUACAUGUCUCGUUUGUCUUCCAUGGAAGCUAUCCGUGACUCCUUAGCCGAGGAGUUGGUGAAAAUGACGGAACAGUGUGAAAAGUUGAAGGCAGAGGCAGCCACACUGCCUGGAAUCCGGGCAGAGCUAGAAGCCUUGAGGCGGAGACAUACUGCUGCACUGGAGCUAAUGGGCGAGCGUGAUGAAGAGCUAGAGGAACUCCGAGCUGACAUUGUAGACUUGAAGGAAAUGUAUAGAGAGCAAGUAAACUUGCUUGUGAAUAAGAUCCAAAUAAUGAAUUCUUCGGCGGGUAAUACAUACUAGGCAUAUUCUUUUUUUGGUGUGAUAAUUUCCAAGAAAUUAUGAGCAUGAUAUACUUGUAGCAGAUGAUGUUAAAAAUUUUGUUCUUAAAACUUACUGGUUCAAAGAUGUGGUU